AUGGAGGGAAAUAGUGAUAGUGAUAAAAUCAGUAUUCCCUUGGAGGUAGUACACGUCACCAUCCAUUGGAAAGCGAGUGGGGAGCAGCCACCGGACCCGGACGAGCAGGAGGCCGCCGAGCCGGCUGAAUCGACCACGGCCACGGUCACGGUGGAGGAGCCGCAUCCCGCCGAACCCUCGCCGGAGGAGGAACCGCCGGAGGACGUACGGGCGGAGCCCCGGCCGAAGGUGCGCGUCCGUUCGCCCAUCAUCGAGGACCCGAACGAGGAGCGCGAGGACACGCCGUGCUGUGCCAGCCCGCCACCACCGCCGGAACCGAUCCCCGAGCGGCCGGUGUCGCCGAUUCCGCCCAACAGCCCGGAACGUCAUCCCGUGCCGGAGAUUGAGUCACCCUCACCACCACCACCAGCAGCAGCAGCAACGGGUACCAAAUCACCGGAAGUGCCUGCCCGCUGUCAGGACACGCUGUCGCCCACCGGUUCCACCAAGUCAACCGAAUCGGUCCGCCCCAAGCCGGCGACGCCCUCGUCCAAGGCGCCGGAGCGGCUCACGCUCAGUCCAACCCCCUCCGGCCCGUCGGAGGACACCGGCGGUCCGAUGGCGUCACCCUCGAACCGCGGCAAGUCCAAGAGCACGGGCCGCAAUCUGGGCGGCUGGAUCUAG